AUGCCGUUCGCACAGCUCGUACUAGGCAGUCCCGGAUGCGGAAAGAGCACGUACUGCUACGGAAUGUUCCAGUUCAUGUCCGCCAUAGGUCGUAAAUGCUCUGUAGUAAACCUCGACCCAGCGAACGAAAAAACGAGCUAUCCCUGCGCAAUAGACGUCCGCGAUCUGGUUAAACUAGAGGAAAUAAUGGAGGACGACGAGUUGGGACCGAACGGUGCUGUGCUGUAUGCCCUCGAGGAGCUGGAGCAGAAUUUGGAUUGGCUGGAGAAGGGAUUGAGUGAGCUGGGAGAGGACUACGUGCUAUUCGACUGCCCGGGACAGGUGGAGCUUUAUACGCAUCACUCGUCAUUGCGGAACAUAUUCUUCAGAUUGCAGAAGUUGGGCUACAGGCUUGUAGUUCUGCAUCUGUCCGACUCGUACUGCUUGACUACGCCUUCGCUCUACAUCUCGAACCUCAUCCUAUCUCUUCGAGCUAUGCUGCAGAUGGACCUACCACACCUUAAUGUUCUCACAAAAAUCGACAAAAUCUCCACGUACAGUCCUUUGCCAUUCAACCUCGAUUUCUACACGGAAGUUCAAGACCUAUCCUAUCUCCUCCCACACCUCCAAGAAGAAUCGUCCGUUAUGGCUGGCUCGAAAUUUGAAGGGUUGAAUACAGCAAUUGUGGAACUGGUAGAGAGCUUCGGUCUGGUUGGCUUCGAGACAUUGGCGGUAGAGGACAAGAAGAGCAUGAUGCAUCUGCUUCAGGUCAUAGACAGAGCAGGCGGAUAUGCAUUCGGUGGAGCUGAGGGCGCAAAUGACACCAUCUGGCAAGUGGCGAUGCGAGAAAGUGUAACGACAAUGGACGUAAAGGAUGUCCAAGAACGUUGGAUCGACGCGAAAGACGUGUACGACGAGGCUGAGCGGAAGGAAUGGGCAGCGCAAGCUGAGGCCGAGGCAGCCAAGCAAGCUGAGGCCGCUGAGCAGGAUGAAACCGCUGGGCAAGAUGACGAGGACGACAUUAUGGACGGCAUGUCGUUACCGCCAGGUGGAAGUGGUGUGAAAGUAGUUAGGAAGAACCAAUGA